AUGGGUGCUGAAAAGAAGAGACCGCGUGGUUUGGCCGCUCAAAAGGCUGCAAAGAAAGCAAAAGUAGACGAAGAACCUGCCAAUACAAACAAUGCUCAAACUGUUGUAAUUGACAAGGAAGUCGAAGAAGGCGACGAGAUCGGUGAAGCUUCUGCUUUGCUUGAAAGUGCACUCGAAAAAGCUGAGAAAGAUUCCGCUGGUGCACUCCAGCUAUUGCGUGGUACGGUACACGAGUGUGAUCGUAUUUUGCGCAACUGGCCCGAAAACGAAGCGCGUCCCCCACCCAAAUUUUACUUGACCUAUGGGUCUGCACUUUACGAACUUGGUCGUUUAACCGAAGACGAAGAUUUUGAGCCGUUUCUUGAAGCAGCUGAAGAGCGUUUGCAGGAUGGUUUGGACCACUUUGAAGAAUUAACUGAAAAAGAUGAGCAUAUUGAAACAGCUGAAAAAAUUCGUAUUGCUUUGGCCAAAGUGUGGAUUGCAAAGGCUGCAGGAUCUAUUAACGACGUCAAAGAUGACAUUCCUGAACUUGCUACGCGUGCACUGGAUGCAUUGGAUAAGGCACUAGGUGGAUCCGCUAAUCUGUCUACCGCAGCAACUAUUGAGCUGGCAUCUAUCGUACAGAACCACGGUGAUCUCUAUGGCAGUCUCGAAAGCCAAAGCAAAUUCAGAGAUUGGGCUGAAAAGUUACUGCAGCGCGUUCUUAAAGACGAGCCCGACAAUGCACGUGCACACUCUGAACUCGGUCUUGGGAAGCUUUCCUUGGCCAAUUACUGGCUCGAACAGGCGGAUGAACAGCAAGGAGAGGAGGACGAUGAUGAGGACGAGCCAAAGAAGGAAUUGUCUAAGGAAGAGCAAAACGCCUUCGAUGCUAUCACUGAAGCAAAGAGAUACUUUGAACAAGCAUUAACCAAGGCUGGCGACCAAGCCGCACCACAGAGCUUCGCUGAUAUGGCGGAAGCAUGUCUUAAUGAAGCCAACCUUGUCCUGAGUGAAGAGGAGCAGAACAAGCUAUACCAAGAUGCUGUCAAGCAUAUCAAGGACGCCAAGUCCAUUGCGGAAAAGAACAGCGUUCAGUACAAUUUGCCAGACGGACUGCAAAGUUUCUUGGAAGAAUGGGAAGAGCAACAAUAA